UCACCACUUCACAGUCAAGAUGACAAUGCAAAUGCAAAGAACAGUCCAUCUUUUUGCUGCAAUCUUUCUCUUCUUUGUAGCUAGUACCAGUACUAGCAUAUCUCACCCUUUAGACCCUCUGAGCCCCAAGGAAAUCAACCAAAUUAGGUCCAUAAUCCACAAGUCUAACCUUGGUUCCCUCCCAAAUCUGACAUUCCAUUUUGUUGAUCUUGAAGAACCAGAGAAAAGUGAUGUCCUGGACUGGUUAUUAUCCUCAAAGACACAUUCUUUUCCUAAUAGACAAGCCAGGGCAGUGGUUCGGGCUAACGGCGAGACUCGUGAAGUCAUUGUAGACCUGAUCACCAGCUCCGUCGUCUCUGACAAAGUGUACAGUGGCCAUGGAUUUCCUCCCUUCACUCUGGAAGAAAAUCUGCAGGCCAUCAGGCUGACCUUGAGGAAUCCCCGGUUUCAAGAUUCAGUCUUGAGGAGAGGACUGAACAUAUCAGAAAUCACGUGUAUACCCGUCUCCACGGGCUGGUAUGGAGAGAUAAUAAGCAGAAGAGUUCUCAGAGUUACUUGCUAUUCUCGGGGUGGAACGACUAAUUUUUGGAGCAGGCCUAUUGAGGGAAUUAGCACACUAGUAGAUGUCGAGACAAUGCAGAUCAUCGAAUAUGCAGACAGGGCCAAAUACCCUUUGCCACGAGCUAAGGAUACCGCCUUCCAAUCGAGCCAAGAUUCACCAACAGUCACCUGUAAUGUGACCAAAAACAGGAUUAAAAUCGAGGGAAAUGUGGUGAGAUGGGAGAAUUGGGAAUUCCACGUCGGGUUCAAUGCUCGUGCUGGCCUAGUUGUGUCAACAGCUUCUGUAUUCGACGCUGCAACAAAGAGUUAUCGACGUGUGCUCUACAGAGGCUAUGCUUCUGAGACAUUUGUUCCAUACAUGGAUCCUACGCCUGAUUGGUACUAUAAAACCUUCAUGGACAUAGGAGAGUAUGGUUUUGGAAGAUCUGCCAGCUCUCUUGUUCCAUUGCUCGACUGUCCAGCUAACGCUGUCUAUAUUGACGGGUUCAUAGCCGGGGCAGAUGGACAGGCGCAGGUUGUCCCGGGAGCCAUUUGUAUAUAUGAACAUUAUUCGGGGCAUGUUUCAUGGAGACACACUAAUAUUGGUGUCCCAGGGAGACUGACUACUAGUGGAGAGCAAGAAGUUAACUUGGUGGCAAGAAUGGUGGCAACAGUUGGAAACUAUGAUUAUGUACUUGAUUGGGAGUUCAAACAAAGUGGUUCCAUCAAGAUUGGGGUUAGCCUAACAGGCGUUCUUGAGAUGAAGGCGGUGCCAUACGCGAGAAGCGACGAGAUAAAAGAGGAUGUUUAUGGAACCUUUGUUGCAGAAAACACUGUUGCAGUGAACCAUGACCACUUUGUCACAUACUAUCUUGAUGUAGACAUUGAUGGCAGCUCCAAUUCAUUUGUGAAAGCCAAAUUGAAGCCCAAUAGAGUGAAGAAUCCCCACAUUUCACCUAGGAAGAGUUACUGGAGAGUGAUCAAGGAGACAGUAAAAACAGAAAACCAGGCCAGGAUUCAGCUUGGAUUAGACCCUGCAGACUUGCUGAUUGUGAACCCCAACAAGAGAACAAAAAUGGGAAACCACAUCGGAUACAGGUUAAUAACCGGGCAUCCAGUAUCUUCACUACUAUGGGACGACGAUUAUCCCCAAACCCGAGCAGCUUAUACCAAGUAUCAAGUGUGGGUAACUAGUUACAACAAGUCGGAGAAAUGGGCCGGGGGAUUUUAUGCAGACAAGAGCCAUGGAGAUGAUGGACUAGCCAUUUGGAUCCAUAGGAACAGACCAAUUGAAAACAAAGAUAUAGUGUUGUGGUACACUGUGGGGUUCCACCAUGCACCUGUUCAAGAAGAUUUCCCAGUGAUGCCUACUCUCUCUGAUGGGUUCGAGCUAAGACCUGCAAACUUCUUUGCAAGAAACCCAUUGCUUAGACAAUGAUGAUGCAUGUUAGGCGGACUUUAGCGUACUUUCGGAUAGGAUAGAAAUUUUCAUAAAUCAAAGGCAGUGAUCUCAUGCAUGUUAGAAGUUCAAUAUGUUCAUUUUCUUUCGAGAGCACCAAACUUCUUGAGAAUUUAAAAUGUGAAAAAAUUAUUCACAUUUGGUGUAAUCUUUGACUUAGAAAAGUUCAGAG